GACUGAAAGUUUACGCUCAGACUCCAGUAAAACUGCAGAUCCGCAGCCAAUGAGACGACACGGUGACCACGAAGAUGCUGCUGUCCCGUCAGACAGCAACUGUAAAUCAAAGCUGACCAGGACCCACAUGGGGAAGAAGGUAUUUUCUUGCAGCACUUGCAGGAAAGAGUUCAGUAAAAGUUGUAAUUUAAUGGCUCACAUGAAGAUCCACACUGACGAAAGGCCAUACCUGUGCAACACCUGCGGAAAAUCGUUUACUAAAUCAUCAGAUCUUAAACGCCACAUAACCACGCACACGGGCGACAAGCCCUACAUCUGCAAAACAUGUGGUAAAAGUUACAGGCUACGUUCCCACCUGCUGGUUCACUCAAGGAUCCACACGGGCGAGAAGCCGUACCUGUGCAACACCUGCGGAAAAACCUUUACUCAAUUAUCAGCUCUUAAAAGCCACAUAACCACGCACACGGGCGAGAAGCCCUACAUGUGCAAAACAUGUGGUAAAAGUUACAGGCUACGUUCCCACCUGCUGGUUCACUCGAGGAUCCACACGGGCGAGAAACCGUACCUGUGCAACACCUGCGGAAAAACCUUUACUCAAUUAUCAGCUCUUAAGAGCCACAUAACCACGCACACGGGUGAGAAGCCCUACAUCUGCAAAACAUGUGGAAAAAGUUACAAGCAACUUUCCCACCUAGUGGUUCACUCGAGGACCCACACCGGUGAAAGGCCGUACCGAUGCUGCUGCUCCAGCAGACACACCAUAAAAGAUGACCGGAACACGUGA